AUGGACGCUGCUCUAAGCACCCGGGUGUGGUUCUUUGUGUCUUUUCUCGGCCAGAUAGGACUGGCAAACGCUGGGCAAUAUUACUAUUACAAAAGCCGCCAUGACACCUGCGCUAGGAAAGCCACGCCCUGCUACGACUAUGCCCUGACUUUCCUUAUGGACGGAAGCAGCGAUGAUUUCCUUGGCAACAACCGCAGCAAGAUUUUGGCUCAUCACCAACUGGCAGGGAGAAGUGAGGCGGACGCCAUUCAAGAGGGGAAAAUGGCGACCGCAUGGCUGAAGACAAAAUACGGCAUUGACUUCACCGGUGUAGAGGAUGACGUCUACUUAGAUGGCACCAAGGCGGUAACAAGCGAUGACGUCACACUAACCUUCAGAGCCUUCAUAGUGGACUCUGCUACCAGGAACCGGUUUGUGUCGGCCAGCAAGGGACACAAGGUGGAGUUCUUUAACGCCCCGAUUUCUGAAGCAGGUUGGAUGGUCACGGUGAACGAAGCCAUCUCUGCUGGCGGUACCUUUAACAGGACGCUGCCUCGGGGUGCCAUGAUCUUCUACGGUGAUUUUGUCAUCCCCCUUUGUGACCGCACUGGGAUGAAGAGUAACAGCAGAAUGAAUAAAAACAACUAUUAUUCAUGCCGAAAUAUCUUCAACCAGAAAACUCUCAAGAUCCACUACGAAAGUGGCAAAUACUGUUCAAGUGUCGACGGCGUCAGCGUUAUUAACAAUGUCGUCAAUGAAACGUCGUGGGGGGUCGGCUCAGCACGUGGCUCCUUGUUUGUAGAAGGUAAUAAAUACUGUGGUCGCAGCGUGUUCACUUUUCCCGCGUCAAAACCAUAG